AUGCAAGAGGAACUACUUGAGAUUUUGGCAAUGAGUAGGGUGGAUACUCAUGGAAAAUACUUAGGUAUUCCCACUAUUAUUGGAAGAUCGAAGAGGAUGGUUUUUAUGGCUAUGAAAGAUAGAAUUUGGAAAAAGUUGAGCGAAUGGAAAGAAAAAUUCUUGUCUCGUGCAGGGAAAGAAAUUCUCCUCAAAUCUGUAAUUCAAGCAAUUUCCACGUACUUAAUGGGUGUUUAUAAAUUGCCGGCAAGUGUAAUUCAAGACAUUAAUUCUAUGAUGGAAAAAUUUCUUUGGGGGAGCUGUGAUGAGAGCCGCAAGGUUCAUUGGAAAAGCUGGAGUGAUUUAUACACCCCAAAGUGUCUAGGAAGGCUGGGAUUCAGAGAUCUACGUGUUUUCAAUGAAGCACUACUUGGCAGACAAGCUUGGCGCUUAGUGAAGUUCCAUAACUCUCUUCUCGACAAGUCGUGGGUGCAAAAUACUACCCAAACUGGAGUUUUUUGGAGUCAAAUUUGGGUUAUGCUGGUAGUUAUUCCUGAAAUAGUAUCUAGUCUUCGAAAGGGCUGCUCAAAGAAGGAAUUAUAUGGCGUAUUGGUAAUGGUGCUUCUGUCAAUGUUUAGUGCGAUCCUUGGGUAG